AAAACAAACCGUCCGUUUUACCUGCGACCCAUUUUGCAUAACAGCAAAGCUUCAGCUACCCAUUCUCUCCUCCAGAUAGUAUUUUUCUAUAAACUGUAAUGUUAACUUUCCUCUUUCUGCUGAUUGUUCCUCCCCUACAUUGAGCACUGAUGUGACAAGCAGCAGCCAAGGAGAGGUAGAUAACAAAGACACCUUUGUCUAAAGAACUGCGGUACUUCAGAGGUGGAUUACAAUGGUGAGGGAGACAAAUGAAAUAAAAGCAAGAUAUUUUCAAGACUCUAAUGGACAGAUAGGAAAAAUGCAAAACAACGCAAGAUGGGGGCAGCCUAUAUAUGGCCUGCAAUAUUUUAAAAUAUAUUUAUUUGUAUCUUUUUUGCAUCAGGAAAAAACAAAUUUUGUAUAAUAGUUCUGAUUAUUAAAGUUGGAAGUUCUACCUAUUUUUGAAUGAGGUUUUUUGUUUUUUUUUUUUUUUUUGAGAGUAAGAAUGUUCUGGUGUUAAACUUGACAAAAAAAGACCAUUGAAAUGCUGAUAAUUUUAGUAAUCUUUUAAAAAGUGUUGAUGGGGCAAAAAUUACAAAUCAUGUCAUACAAAAAUCAACCUAUAAAUCUGUUUAAGAUUGCUAACUUGAGUUUCAUUUAAUUUAGUUUGUAAUAACUAUUAAUGACCUCUGUUUACAAUAAAGAUUCUGUCAAUUGCUGUUAAUUUUUUAAUGGUUAAAACAUUAGCAGGUUUCUACCUAAUCGAUACAAAUAUGAUGAAUUUAAACAUAGUUUGAGAAUGGGACAUCAUGAGUAUUUCUGUAACCUCUCUGGAAUCCCGGAACUCAAAGUUAAAAGUUGUACAGUCUCAGUUUGGAUAGUCCCACCCUCUGUGCGUUGCAGAAGGCCUCUCUCCGGUGGCUCCUCCCUCAGUAUCCCAGGGGAAUGUGCACGCUGUCACUGUGGCAAGAGGCCAGAGCCUGGUAAUGAAAGUGGGUGAAGGCUCCCACAGGGCAGGCUCCAUGGGCAGGUGGGUGGAGCCUCACAGGCUGUCUAAAAUUCCCACCUGGCUUGAUCCCAGAUAGAGACUCAUUUGAAAACUACCUAAGGAUCAUAAGUACUCAGGACCAGCAAGGAAGCAGAAACAUCUUUAAUCUUGAUAGGAUUCCCUCACUCCAAAGCUGACUGCGGUGGAUGAUUCUGGAAAAGCAGACACAGAGGCACUAUGAAAAACCUAUGUUUCAGAGUCAUUGCCAUAGCUAUAAGUCUUUAUUUUCCUGGAACAAUGACAAACCCAACAAGAAAAAGCAGUAUUUUAUUCAAUUCUGAGUGCCAAUGGAAUGGAUAUCUUCUGACAAAUUGUUCUUUUACUGGAAAGCCUGAUACAUCUGUGGACAUAUCACAAACAGCAGCCACAGUGGAUGUAAAUUACAAUUUCUUUAGGGUGCUCUUACAGUUUCCCACGAAAAAUGAAUGGAAUAUAAAACAUCUGGACCUCAGUAACAAUCUCAUAUCGAAAAUAACCAUAAACCCUCGUGCACAUUUACAUGCUUUGGAAAUAUUAACCCUCAACAAUAAUGCCAUUCACGCCAUCUUGUUGGCUCUACCUAGUCCUAAGUCCUCGUCAAUGAAACGCCAGAGAAGCAACUUGAGAAAUGGGCUUCUAUUUCUGAAAUUGCUAAUUCUUCAAAGAAAUAAACUCAGUGACAUUCCCGAGGGACUAUGGAAACUGAAGUCAUUGCAGAGUUUGGAUCUGUCAUUCAAUAAGAUAUCACAAAUUGGUGUGUCUGAUUUUCACAACUGCCUGCAACUGGAGAACCUCUAUUUAAAGAGCAAUGAGAUAUUCAGAAUUCAUCCAAGAGCCUUCAAGGACCUCAAAAAAUUACAGGUUGUAGAUCUCAGCAACAAUGCUCUGACCACCGUCCUGCCUAUGAUGCUCAUUGCUCUAGAACUUCCCCAUCUGGAGGCCGACCUGGCAGACAACCAAUGGCAGUGUGACAAUAGUGUGACAGUCUUCCAACAUUUCAUUUCUGAAUCUUGGAGGAAAAACUGGAAUGUAAUUUGCAACAGGUCUAUAGAGAAUGAGGAGGUGCACCGGUGGGCUCCCAGAAGCAGAGCUUCCAGGGAAACCCACAUUCCUCACACUAGUCCAAGUCAUGUGAAAAGUCUCACAAGGAGCAAAGCCGAGAGGAACCGGGAAGGAAUGUACAUGCGCUUUUCCACUCUGGGGGAAAAGGCCCAUGCCAGCUCUGAUACCAGUGAACAGCAGGGACAGCCGUCACAAUGGGCAAGGAACCCCCAGGAUGAGCAAGCUGCUGGCAGAAAGGAAGCCACUUCCCAGGACCUGGCCCUGGCCGUCUGCCUGGCGGUGUUCAUCACGUUCUUCGUGGCCUUCUGCCUGGGGGCUUUGACAAGGCCUUAUGUUGACAGACUGUGGCAACAGAGAUGCCAGGACAGAAGCCCCGGUUCAGACAGUGCAUAUUCCAAUGAGGGCUUCUACAAUGAAGAGAACAUACAGCAUCCAAGGGUGGAUCUGCGCCAAACUCGCCAUGAUCUAAACCUCUAUGAGAAUCAAGACUCUUUCUUGGGGACGGAGGUCAGCCCACAUGCUGCUGUCAUUUAUGAUAGAACUCUAGAAAUGAGCAGAAAGGAGCCUGGCAGCUGGCAGAGCGAAGAACAAUGCAGGGGCCACACGCGGGUAGGAAGUAGAGAGAAUAACAAGGUUCCAAAUGACAGUGCAGCACGGUCUGUUCUUCAAGGAAUGCAAAAUGCUGGGAAUAAUGCACAGGUUUCGGCAGGACAGGACCACACCUACAGGAAUGAUAUUCUUGGAAUAAAUUAUGAAACUGUGGCCCAGGACGAUUUUCUCAGUGAGCAUUCAGUGGGCAUCCCUGUGCUGGCUGGCAGAUCACAAAUGGGCUCUGGCUCAAUCCAUAAGAAUUCAAAUGAAUUAGACCCACCGCUCUCAAGAGAAAUGACAGCUGUGCUCUCUAAAAUGCAAACACAUACAAGAGCUCAGAGGACUGGAGAGAGCGAGGAAAGAGAGGGCACUGAACAGUUCCCUUUGGAGCUGUCUAAGGAAAUGCAGGUGAGCACUUGCAUUAGUUUGCUGAGCGCACAGCAGCAAAAGCUCAAGGCAGCCCGUGCUGAGGAAGAGCCGUCCACCUGCUACAGUUCGGCCACACUCAGUGACCCAGGAGAUACGGACUCGUCCCCACCAGUCAUUCCUCCCGAAUACAGUGGCCUACACGUCCCUCCUGCUAACCAGGAACCAGUGCAAAAACAUGCUCCUUCUGACACACAGUACGAGCUGGACACCAACUAUGAUUCUGAUGAAGGGUCUUUAUUUACUCUAAGUUCAGUAAGUUCAGAGGACGCAAGAAACAUGACUGAAGGAUGGGCAGAUGGUGAGGAGAGCUGUGAGCCCCCGAAGGAGGAGGACUUGAGAAUGAGGAAGGCCAAUGUUACAUCAUUCGAGAGUCUUGAGGACAAUAUCGCCUUCCAGAAGUUUCAGGAGAAAUGUGAGAAUCAGGAGGCUUGUUUUGAAAAACCUCUCUUUUCUGGUCCAGACUCUGGUUUGCGUGAGAGUCAUCUGGAAAGUGCCUCUGACACCACUCAAUCUGAGGGUCCGUUGACCUUGCCCGGAUCUCUGGGUGAUAGUCCUUCCAGCGAUAAGGCCCCUGGCACGUUCAUUUAUGAUCAUGUUGCAGCUCUUCAGUCCGAGGCAGCAGAGUGGCACUGCUCACUUAGAGACUUGGAAUUUUUCAAUGUGGAUAUUUUACCACAAACACCACCAUGUUCUGCUGAAGUUUCCUCAGACCCUGAUAAGAAUGACUAUCGUGAAAGUGACUCAGACAUUUGUACCUACGAACCUUUCCUUCAGGGAUCAGACACAACCCAAAACAGUAUUCCUUUCCAGAUCACUACAGGGGGAAACUUAAGACCCUCACAACAAGAUUCUGAAGGGUGCAACAUGAAUUCCAGCCCAGUGGACACUGACACAAAUGAGGGGUUCAUACGUCCUGUUGCGGACUGUGGUUCCAGAGAAGACCGUAUAAGCCAAACACAACAGCUACAAUUCUGUGGUGAUGAACCAGCUCAUCAGUGUGAAAGAGGAGAAGGGGAAUAUUUUGAAGAGGGUCCCAAGAGCCAGGUACCACUAUUACAAGAGCCUCCAAAUAAAACUAGUUCACUAAGAACACAGGAGCCCUUCAGUGACAGAGACUGGGGUAGAUAUUCAGAGGAGAAACUGUCACAACUGGAAAAAGAUGAUUCUAACUUUUAUACUCAAAUGCAGACCGAGAGCAACCUGAUGGGAGCUGGUUCUCUAGGUGAGGACUGGCUCUACUAUGACAAAGACAAGGACAUUCAAAAUCAAAGGGAAUUCAAGUAACAUCUUUUAACACAGAUUGAAGCACUCAGGUGGGACUGCUGAACAGAUUUUAACAGAUUCUGCACCGAGAACAGCACAGCUUUUGGGAGGCUGAUCACGAAGCUACAAAAUUGGAGGGAUUCAGAGCAAUUCUAAAUAUUUUUUAAUAAGUUAUAUUAAAAGAGGGAUCAUUUUGUAGAACAAAGUGUAAAUUAAAAAUUUAUUUCAAGGAGA